AUGGACGAUGUACGAUACAGCUUUCUUAAUACACUAGACCACCUGCCAUGCGAAAUCAUUCGCACGCUGUGGACGAUCCAAAGCUUGGAAUUGCAAGGCGGUCGGUGCAAGGAAUUUCUCAAUGAGGCAAAAUACCUGCGGCAGCUUGUGAAGCAACAUCGCAAGAAGCUGGAACAGCAGCUGGAGGAGCUUCGGGAGUUGGCAAGCGUGAGUAAGCGGUACCAGGAACACAUUAAUUCACUGCCGCAGGUGGUAGGAUCUGGCAGAGCGAAGAGACCCCUGAAGAUCCGGAUUAAUCUAAAGAAGUCACAGUUGCUGGAGAAGCAGCGCGUAAGUAAGCAGGGGCAGGGGCAGCGUCAAGGGCAGGAGCAAUGGGGUACAGCGGAUAAGACUGUGCAAGAGGAUGUGUACUGUGUAUGCCGAGAUAUCUCCUACGGUCCGAUGAUUGCAUGUGACAAUAAGCAGUGUGCAGUGGAGUGGUUCCACUAUCCUUGUGUUGGGCUGCGGACGGCCCCACGAGGAAAUGCUAAAUGGUUUUGCAGCGACAAGUGUCGGAAACAAACCGCAGCUAGCAGUAGCAAGACGAAGUGA